AUGUAUGCUAACAGCAUCAGCAAAGGCCGGGAACAAUAUGUUCACCGGCAAUGGGAGGCCGACAAGUCGGCCAAGAUGUACUUUUUGGAGCUGUGGCUCCUGCCAAGCUUCGACUUUCGCAUCGCGACGGACGACGAAGUCCGCCGGGUGAGGCGCCGAGUUCAUGCCGUCCAGUCGGGCCUGAUGGAGGCGUGGGGGUGCCACAGGUUUGAGGGACACCGCACGUCUCUCUUCCACCUGCCCGACUACAACUUCACCCCAUGCAACAUCGCCGAGCCGCUCACGAACUAUGAGCCGAACGCAGCCAAGCUCUACACCAUCGCCGGGCUCGACGAGCAGCUCACCCUCUACGAUCUCGUCGUCGGGCUGCUGAAACGCAGCGGCAAGAGCGACGACUUCAUGCUCACGUCCAAUGAGAUCCGGGACUACAUCCGGCGAGUCGUCCCGGAACUCGCAUCCCAGCCCAUUUGCCUCUGCUGGAGGUCCUUCCACAACAGGCGCGGAGUCAUUGUGGUCGAUGACCCAGGGUACUCCAGGUACAUCCUCAAGUUGACGACUCCCGACAAGGUGGACCCCGCCUUGUACGCGUCAAUUUGCACCAUCUUCCGACCGCCUGGUCGCUCGACCGUGUCGAUUCUCGGCAAAACCAAGCGCAACCUCAUCAUUGACACUCUCAUGAGGUCUAUGUACGGUUCAAUGUCCCCAUUCGCCAUCAUCGGAGCAAUCCGGAGGCGCCAUAACCUCACAUUCGAUUCCAAGAUCGAAUGGGCGAAAUGGAAGGGCAAGAUCUUCCGCAAGGAGUGCGCCGAGGAGGACCUCGGCAUGUGGUGGCGUAGGGCACGAUGGGCCCUGAUGGACGGCUGGGAGGACGCCAUGCCGGUCUCGUCUGUGGAGAAGCGGGCGCUGCGAUUGGGAGGCACCGCACCCACAGACAAGGAGAUUGUGGUCGGCAUCUUCGAGGAGAUGCGGGCCAAGACGGGGAGGACAAUCCUGUCGUCGGGCGAGAUCAAGCAGCGCAUGAGGGCGAUGUGGCCAGGCAAGUUCGACGACAGCCUGAGCUCUGCGGUGGUGCCAGUGGGACAUCUUCGAAGUCGUCCGCCAGCAUGCCCAUCAAGAGCUCGUGCGCAUGCACGAUGAUGCCAACUGGGAGCCGGCCCCACUCAAGCCUGACGCCAAGCCCCACAUAACGGACCGGGCAUCGAGCUGUCCAUCGGCCGCGAGUUGACCGGCUGGGCUCUGACCGGCUCCAUCAUGUGCCGCCAUCCUUACUACGCCUCCAAGGAAAACCUGCGCUUCCGAGUCGGAAAUCAUAUCAAUGAUACCUGGCACGACGGCCCCCGCGAGACAGGGCUGUAUCGGCUCGUCGAAGACUUCCCAGAGAAGGUUGCAGAGCGUUCCAAACGCCUGCAAGCGGAAGGCAAAGUCAUUUACAACAAGCCGACUAGCACAAAGGCAACCACUCGGGGGACGUCGACUACUAAGAUGAAGAGGUCGUCGACGACGUGUUCGCGGCGUGGGCCACCGACACCCGGUUGACGAGAUCCUCUCGACAAUCCGCCUUUGGUACAACGGGAGUGGCUCAUGGCGCUGGCGCCGGAAGGCAUGGGGCCGAUACGAGGUGAUCGACGUCGGGAGGAGCUCGAAGCGGCUGAAGGUCAUCUGCCAGCACGCCACAAGCUCGUAGAUGUCGUCGCCCCCGUUCACCGGGCCGAGCUGUCACUAUAUCAGCGACCUUGAGUUCGGCUCGGAUCGCCGCCUCCGCUCACCACCGCGCAGCCCUCCACCGUCGCUGCGCCGCUGCCUCCCGCCCAGGGUGCCGAGGUCGACGAGUACUACUCGGACGACGCGCUCUUCUCGCCCAGCAGGUGGCCGCCGGCUCGGCGCAGCCCUCCGCCGUCGCUCCCCCGCCGCCUCCGAUCACCGCGCCGUCUCCUCCUCGUCUCGAUGCGUUGUCGCCUCGCAGCGUCAUCUUGUCGCCCGCUCCAAGACGCCCCUCGCCCAGACCCAAACCUCUGGCUGGGGCGUCGCGAACGACCGCAAGGCGAGCAAGUUCGACUCCCACCUAUGCCCCCUGCUCCGCCGGCGCUGUUCCCCCGGCUCCGACGGGCUCCCUCGCCUCCGACCGACGAAGCUCACUUCGAUCGAGCCAUCAAGCGGGCCGAGGAUGAUGCCGCCGACGCGCAGAAGAAGCUCGCCGAUUUCGACGGCAAGAGGGGAGACAUGAGUGAGUGAAAGCCCGUUGAUGGUCUUGGCUUACGCAUUCGGACAUUUGCGACGUUAUCGAGUCGUCGAACGAGGCGGACGCGCAUGUGAAGGCUCUCAAGCGCAUCAAGAAGAACGUACUGCAGUUCCAGCAGAGCAAGAAGUCGAGGCGUGUGUGAGUAGAAAACCGAUGGGAUAGGAUAUGUGCAGACAUCGAGACAAACAAUCCAAUCUUGUAUUGGUGGUGCUUGGUGCAGGCCUGAGGGGCGUGGUCAGAAGAGUGGUGUGAUGGAGUGAACGGACAUCUAAGCGUGUAUGCCGGCCGUGGAGAAGGAUCGAUACUUGGCUUGUCGUCAUGCAUACAAUUGGCGCUCUUUCUGUCCUACGGCUCUAUCGCCUGGGCCGCUUUGCUCUCCCGCUGCCCUCACCACCAGAGGCCCCCGCAGACGGAUUGUCGGCCAUCACACGCCAGAUGCAAAAGACGUUGCUCCUGGGUCCCUCGGCGUAGAGAACAUCGACAUACACAGCCGGCCUUAACACCGGCGCCGCCGCAAAGAGGUAAU